AUGAGUGCCACCCCAGAACCUUCACCUGCUCCAGUACAAACACAAGCACCAGCACGAGACCCAUUGGCUCCUAAUGUGGAAGACCUUUAUCUUGAAUCGUAUGCCUUCACCACGGCAGCAGCCUUGGUUGGGUCCGUCGAUAGGAAAAUCUUUGUGUUGUUAAGAGACGGACGCAACUUAUUUGGGAUCUUACGUACAUUUGACCAAUUUGCUAAUUUGGUAUUGCAAGACACAUACGAGAGAAUAUAUCUUGAUGACAAGUUUGCUGAAGUAUAUCGAGGCGUAUUUAUGGUUCGUGGUGAGAAUGUGGUUAUGAUGGGAGAAUUAGAUAUUGACCGUGAAGACGACCAUUUGGAAGUGAUGCAACAAAUAGAUUUCAGAGAGGCCGAAGAUGAAUUGAAACAAAAACACAAGCAAAUUGUCAGUGAACAAAAAAUAAGGAGCAAGAAAUUGUUGGAAAAGGGUUUGAUUAAUGAUUUCGUAAGGGGAGAUAUGUACUAG